UUGCGGUGAAAGUCGUGGCCUUAUUCCUAUAAAUAUAUUACAUCAAAUUAUUACGUGCUGUUUAAAAUGGUGUUGGCAUUAAUUGGCUCCCUGGAGGAGCUAAUAGAUCAGUACAAAAUCAAUCUAAUUCAAGCGAUUUUCAUAAUUUUUAUUAUCACGAUCGUUUUGCUGGGCAGUUUGAUGACCCUUGUGGAAUCCCACCUGCCAAAUAGCAUACGUCAAUCAUUUCGUUAUGGCAAACAUAGUCACAAGGGCGAAACGGAUACUCUGGUGAAUUACUUGGAAGUUCCCAAGGCCUGGUUUAGCCACUUUUAUGUAUUUGCCUUCGGCUGGUCGCUAUUGGCGCUCUAUCUAAUCACCAGCGCCAUUUGGAAUCAAGCAACAGCGCCGGAGUAUGUGCUUCGCUUUCUGGACUUCAUGUGUGGUGGUCGCAGUCAGCGCCAGGUGCAAGUGGACUCCAACACCGCUCUGAUAGGCACUUCGCUGCUUAGUUUGCAGUGCGUGCGUCGCUUCUACGAGACGAACUUUGUGCAGAUCUUCUCCAAGCGCAGUAAGAUGAAUCUGUCACACUAUGCCGUGGGUUUUAUACAUUAUUUCGGAGCCAUUGUCGCUCUGCUGGCCAACACGGCUGGCUUUGUGAGGGGGUCAAAGCCAUCACCCUUUACGCUCUCUAAGAUCAGUCUGCUCCAAACAGCCUAUGUGCUCGUCUUCCUCUUCGCAUGGCUUCAACAAUAUUCAAGCAAUAUGUUGCUUGUGAAUCUGCGCAAGAAUGCCAAGACGGGCGCCGUGCAAACCGAGGAGCACUUGAUGCCCAAGGGCGGUUGGUUCAAUUGGAUAUCUUCUCCCCACAUGUUCUUCGAAGUGGUCAUGUACUACUGUCUCGCGGAUCUUUUUACACCAAUCAUCACUUGGAAACUGAUCUUCAUCUGGGUGGCCAGCAAUCAGACGAUCAAUGCCCUGCUCACCCAUCAAUGGUACAAAGAGAACUUCAAGGACUACCCCAAGAGGCGACAUGCCAUCAUACCAUUCUUGCUGUAAAAUUAAUUACGAAUCAUUUUUAAUUU